GUGCGAGCGCAGAGCUGCGGUGCCAGGAGGACGGACUGUGGUCCCUGCCGGAGGCGUACUGCCAGCUGACGUGCCGGGCCCCGCCGCCCAUGGCCAACGCCGUGGCGCGCACCGACCGCUGCAAACACGACGGACAGGAGGUCGGCUCCUCCUGCAAGUAUCGCUGCGAGCCGGGACACCACGUGCCGCUCACCAGUCGCAAGGGGUUCAAGGUGAGGUGCACGGACAGUGGCCACUGGGAGGAGGGCGGCUGCGUGCCCGUGCAGUGCCCCCCGCUGCCGCCAGUGCUGCACGGCUCCUACACGUGCACGCAGCGCUGGCAGCUCGGCUCCCGCUGCUGGGUCAACUGCAGCACCGCCAGCGCCAGCAAGAACCACACAGUGAUCCGGUGCAGCAAGAAUGGACGCUGGAGUGGGGAACUGCAGCUGUGCCCGCACGAGCAGGGCGAGUGCACCGCCCCGGACCCUCCGUUCAUCAUCACAUGCGACUGCCCUACCGGAUACGGAAUAGGAUCCGUGUGCAAAACAAGCUGCCUGAUCCCACACAGCGACUCCGUUUUGCUCCCUGAGAAUGUCACCGUCCCGGAGAAGAUCACCGCCCCGUCUGCCGCACUGGUGGACACUCCCCACCAAACUGCUGGCCGGGGUCUACGGACCUUCCGCGGAAUGCAGGCAGCAGUUCUACACGACCGCCAGCGGGGCACGAAGGAGUCGCCCCUGGCAUACAGAACAAGUCUCCUGGCGUUGGCCAAGACAGCCUUUCCUCGCAUGGACGAGGACGGGUUAUGGGUCGGCGAUGGGUACUGUGACCCGGUAAACAACAACGCCUACUGCCACUACGACGGAGGGGAUUGUUGCGUGUCCACAUCCGCCUUCAAACAGGUGGCCAAGUCGCACGCCCACGCUGCACUCGCACACAUGGUGAUCACCGUUCCAGCCAGUUGUGACCGCAAGAAGGAGUGUGCCUGCCGUGAUCCCAGCGCCAAAGAGAAUGCACAGAAGCGGUGGAUGGUGACACUGACGUGGCGGCAGCGGCGUCCGCUGCUCAUCGCAGGAGCUCACGGACAGAGUCCAGCGGCCGCCCUGGUCAAUGCCGUGGUGUUCGCUUACCAGAGAAGCACUGCGCGCCAGCUGCUUUGA